CUGAGAUAGUUAACUGUGGCGAACAAGUCUGAGAUAGCCAAGGGAACAACCAGGUGCCACGUUAUACUUCACCUUCAAGUCUUUUACAAAUCUCAGUACAUCAGUGUUGGUCAUGAUGGCGUGUCGAGGCAUUGCAGCGUUAUUAGUUUGUGUCGUGGGCGUCACUGCUGCUGAUCUUUGUUUGGAUUGUCAAGAGGACACUACCACUGCUGAGCCAGUAGACCUUGUUCUGUAUUAUGAGUCUAUGUGCCCCUACUGUCGCACGUUCAUCACCACCCAACUCUACCCUACCUUCACCGCUCUGCCUUCUGGUGUCCUCAAUGUCACAAUUGUGCCCUACGGUAACGCUAGGGAAAGGCAGCGGAACGGCACCUGGGAAUUCGCCUGUCAGCACGGUUCUGUGGAGUGUCUUGGUAACCUUAUCGCCACAUGCGCCCUCAACUAUACCUCCUAUACACCCAGUGACUACAUGCCGUUUAUCAACUGUAUGGAGACCAGUACGGUUCAUGGUCACGAGUUGACCGCCUUACACAAGUGUGCGGCUGCAAACAACAUGUCCGAGGCCGACCUAUUGACUUGUGUAAAGAACGAAGAUUCCGGGGUGCUGAUGCACCAGAUGGCGCUGACCACGGAGAAUGCCAAAAUCAACUUCGUUCCUUGGAUUGUCGUGAACGGCCAACACACCACCAGCAUACAGAACAGCGCCUACAGGGGGUUGAUGAGUUUUGUCUGCAAGACGUACUCUGGGCCAAAGCCGACUGCCUGUAAAGACGUCACAGAUGCACCAGUCAUAGGGUGACGUCCUCGACAACUGGACACGUGGGAUGUGGCUGUAAUAUCGUCCAUGCUUUCGCAAGGGACACUGACAUUUCCCAUUAAAACAUCCGUCUUUCUUU